UCAGUCCAGAAUCCUCGGGUGAAAUCAGUAGAAGCCAUGGAAGUCGGUAAACUUAUCGCAGUCAUCGGUGAUGAAGACACCGUCACAGGCUUCUUGUUAGCUGGUGUAGGUCACCGCACGGCAGAUGGGUCCAACUUUUUGAUCGUCAAGCAGGACACGAAGUUGCAACAAGUAGAAGAAGCUUUCCAGAACUUUUCUGUACGUGACGAUGUCGGUAUCAUUCUCAUCAAUCAACACGUGGCCAACGAUAUUAGACACAUUUUAAAGGAUUACCACGAAACUAUCCCGACUGUAUUGGAAAUUCCUUCAAAGGAGCACCCGUACGACCCCGAACAAGACUAUAUCAUGCAACGGGUCAACAUGUUCCUUGGAGGUGGUAUGUAGACAAGACUACAGACAACACUGGGAUAUCCCAUAAUCGUAAACCCUCAUUGCUUGUU